AUGUAUCAAUCACUUCAAAUGCAGCAUCAGCGUUCAGAUUUCCUCGAUGAAUCCCUGGAUGUUCCUUCAUCACCACCUGAGCAAGUAGAGGAGGGCUACAUUAUGAAAACCAAGCCCAAAUUCUUCGAGCCGCGUCCACCACGAUCGAGUAACGUCGGUCAGCAUCCCGUCAUCGUCCUCACCCCACCCGACUCUCGAGGUUGCGUCAAGAUCGCUACAAUGUCACAUUCUCAUCCAGGCAACCCGCCCACGAGACCUGCCUCCGAGUUCGGCUUGCCCAUCGACCCGAAGAAGGGGGAGAGCACGCCCCCGAUAUGUAUGGAUCCUAAAGAGUUUGUGGCACUGAAGACAGAGAUCCUCGGGAAGGGCAAAACUGUUCAGAAUUUCGGAAGUCGAGACAACAGCGUGCAUUAA